CCUGAGUUCAUUGCUAAAGGUAUAAUGGAUCUAAUAACUGAUACUAGUAGAAAUGGUGCUAUCCUCAGAGCUAACCCGUGGCAAGGACUUAUGUAUCAGAGAUACAAGGAAGACAUGAAAUCAAAACUUUAAUUAUUAAUUUUUAUUAAUUUUUAAAUGAAAAUUGUUGUUAUUGUAACAAUUAGAUUUAAUGAGGUGUGACUAUCAGUCUGUCAUCAUAGAUAAAGGUGCAUGAGGUAAAGCAGAAGUCUAAAGUACGGUAAAAGCUCUAGCAAGUUUGCAAUGUUGUCAGAACAAAGUGCUGUAGUGACUGGAGGUGCCCAAGGCAUUGGAUUAGCCACUAGCCGUCUUUUGCUUCAAUCAGGGGCAAAGGUGGCAAUAUUUGAUCUGUCUAAAGACAAGUUAUCCACUACUUGUGAUGAAUUGAAAAGAGAGUUUGGAACUGAUCGGGUUCUCUCUUUUCACUGUGAUGUCACUGACGAAGAGCAAGUUGUAAAGGGAUUUGCUCUAACUAAAGAAACCUUUGGAUCAGUGGAUAUACUAGUAAAUAAUGCUGGCAUAACCAGCCCAAAGGAAUGGAAGAAAACCCUUCUUAUUAACCUACAUGCUCCUAUGUUUGCUUCUUAUACUGCUAUGGAGUACAUGAAAGGAUCCAGCAAGGCAGUGAUUGUUAAUGUUGCUUCAAUGGCAGGCUUUUGUGCCAUACCUGGUAAUGAGUCAUAUUCUGCUUCUAAGUCUGGUCUGAUUGCCUUCACACGAUCAAUGGCUCAGUCAACUGAGGGAAUUCGGUUUAACUGCAUAUGUCCAUCCUACACUGAUACUCCACUUCUUGGUGAACCGGGCAAAGAGCUUGAUUCAACUCUAUCAUUUAUAAUUGAGAAGCAAGGAGGACUCCUCAAGCCAGAGCAAGUUAGCGAAGGGAUCGUCAGGUUGAUUACUGAUGCUAGUCUAAAUGGGCAGGUGUUAAAGUUGACUCCAAGGAAAGGGUUCCAUUUUGAGAAGUACGACAGUUUUAUGGAGUCUCUUGAAAAGUUAUAAUUAACUAAUCCGCUCAAGUGACAGUUACAUGAAAUCUAUUUGUAUUGUUCUGUAUUUAUAAUGCCACAAUUUGCCUUGUUUUGUAGUGAAUUUUUGCUCUUAAUUUUAAAGUA